CAGCAGCAGCUGCAGCAGCAGCAGCAGCAGCAGCAGCAGCAGCAGCAGCAGCAGCAGCAGCAGCAGCAGCAGCAGCAGCAGCAGCAGCAGCAGCAGCAGCAGCAGCAUGUCGUGCCCAGCCGCUGCGGCCCACCCCGCCUGCCCGCCUGUCUGCCCGCCACACCGGAUGCUGCCUGGUGCCUCUGCGCGCGCCCGCGCCGGGUCCGUGGGCCCCAGCAGCGCCCGCCAGGUGGCGAUGGCGGCGGGGCCGACCAGCUCCAUCGCCACCACGGGGCCGCCGGUGACGUAGGAGACCAGCUGCCCUCGCGCAUGCGGUGGCGCGGCAGUGUUCCAAGUUAG